AUGUGUCAAGUAACCUGCACGUGGGCCUUUGCUCGCCUGCCCGAGGAUGCAGAACUGCGUUCUGCCUUUUCAGUGGCACGCACCAGCAGCAUGGAGGGUGGACCAAAGAUGGUGGUGACCUUUGACAAGGAGUAUGUUAACAUCGGUGGGGACUUUGAUCCAAAGGCAGGCAUGUUCCGCUGCCGCAUCCCGGGAGCAUACUACUUCUCCUUCACAGUGGGGAAAUUCCCACGUCGUGACCUGUCAGUCAUGCUAAUGAAGAACAGGAAUGAAGUGCAGGCCAUUGUGUAUGAUGAGAAUGCGGGAGAGGAGCGUAAGGUGCAGAGCCAAAGCGCCAUGCUGCAGUUGGACUUUGGUGACACAGUCUGGCUCCGCCUUCACGGUGAUCCCCGCUAUGCCAUCUACAGCAACACAGGUCACUACACCACCUUUAACGGCUACCUAAUCUACCCUGACACCUACACCUUCCAAGACCCCAAGCACGAGGACCCAACUCCCAUGAAUGGAAACGAGGCGAAUGCCAAUGACCACACCCUAACAGACCAGGAUAGGCUGGGAGAAAGGGACAACGUAGAGAAGAGAGAGGAGGUAGAGGAUAAAGAGGAGGACCAGAGGUCAGCCUUCUCCGUUGGCCGCACUCAGAGCAUCGUAGGGGUGGACCAGGGCUUCACAGAGCACCGUCCUAUCGCCUUUGACACAGACUUUGUCAACAUUGGCGCUGACUUUAACGUCACCGAAGGUGUAUUCACCUGCCGUAUUCCAGGAGCCUACUUCUUCUCCUUCAAUGCUGGCAAGCUUCCCCACAAAACCCUGUCAAUCAAGCUGAUGAAGAACCACCUGGAGGUGCAGGCCAUGAUCUACGAUGACAGUGAUACUGAGAAGGCUCUGCAGAGCCAAAGUCUGAUGCUGUCUCUGCGCCGUGGUGAUAUCGUCUGGCUUUAUAGCCACCAGCGCAAUGGCUUUGGAGCAUACAGCAACCAUGCCAAGUAUAUAACCUUCACUGGCUUCCUGGUCUAUCCAGAAAUACAAAAACCAGCCACCAAACAGCAGUAA